GGACAAGUUCUAGUACUUAAAUUGUUCAUUCUUUCAGUUCCGUGCAGCCGAUCAGCGUCCUACGGGUUACGGAGGCUUUGGAAUGAAGCUAUGACUCCCACCGCCCGGCCACCGAUAUAACAGCCACCUACAAUACGGCCGUAGAUCGACCCGACCGCACCAAAGUCAUACAGUCUCCCUAGAACGGGCCUCGCUAUCCGUUUUAAAGGGAUUUCAGUGCGCCACUGUUACCACCUCGCUUAGUACAACCGAUGGCUAGAUCCUCCUCUCUGAGCCUUGCAUCUGCACUGAGGCUAGCACCCCUAUACCUUCUACUCUAUUCCAUCAUUGGUUCGUGCUUGCCCCUUGACACUCAGGGGACCGACUCGCCGACCAACGAAGAACCCAUUUUCGAUUUGGGCGGUGGCAGAACCGUACUAUCCAUUCUCUGGAGUUCAUUGGCCACCAUUUUCGCUUGUAUUUGGGUUUCUGUCCAUCCGAACGUCCCAGGGCCAAAAAUGGAGAAGAAAGGAUGGUUCUACUUCAAUGUUCUUCGUCACGCGGAGUUAAUGGUGUUCACUAUUUUCUCCCCAGAGCACGUCACCAUCUGGGCUCUACGUCAACAUUCUGUCGCUCGGCUUAUUCGUGCGCUUUGUCCGGAGAAGCUCAGUAUGUCGCACGGUUUCCUCGUUUCCAUGGGCGCGUUUGUGGACUCUGAUGGAUGUCCGAUAACUCUGGAAAAGCUGAAACAACACACAAGCCUCGUGAAGUCGCUCGGUGAAAUAAAAAAGAAGGAAAUCGAUGACCGAGAUAAAGGCGAUGGUCUGUCCGAAGCAGUGGCCGUGGGUCAAGCCACAUGGUUCCUCCUGCAAUGCGUUGCCAGGGUAGCGCAACACCUCCCUCUCACCGUUCUCGAAAUAGUAGCCGUCGGUUACGCCAUUUUCACUAUUAUCAACUAUGCAGUUUGGUGGCACAAACCUCUAGGAAUUUCUGUCCCGUUUAGAGUAGCCAUCACUUCACCGACGACUCUGAAUACUCCAUCCACGCCAGUGAACACCAUGACUUCCGACUACCCACCUGAAGGAUGGAAAACACCGCGGCCACUCCCUAGCCUUUUCCCCACGAGCCUAGACGCCGAACAUCUUAAGGACUGGGUGAAUUUUCGCCUUCUGUCCAUAUUCUUCGGCGGGGACAUAAUCCCAGAUGUCGCUGGUCCCUCUAGCGAAGAAGGAGUCCCCCGUCUUUGGUCAGGACAUCCGAACAACACAAGGCUGUUUUAUAUUGUCGCAUGCGGAAAUUGCAUUGGCAUAUUCGGCGCCAUUUAUUGCGCUGCCUGGCACUACCCCUUCGUAACAUCCAUCGAGCGAAUUCUCUGGAGGGGGUGCUCUUUCAUCUUCAUGCUUGCCCCUCCCUCUGCCAUCCUACUUACAUUUGUGGUUGAAAAGACAGCCGGUUGGUUUGGUUUUAACGAACCUGAGAGGGAUAGUCACUUGUUCAGUUUCACGUAUCGAUCCCUCUAUAUCUUACUCUGGAUAGUGCAUGAUAUGGCGAGGGCUUUUUCACUCGUGGAGCCGUUUCUGGCGCUAAGGGAUCUCCCAGCUGGCGUAUCACAGGAUAUCGCGUGGAUUAGCUUCCUUCCGCAUAUCUGACACAUCGUCAUGUAUGCAUCUUUAUUUAACAGCUCUGAUAUAUCACAGCAAUGGUGACGAUCGUCUAAUAUCUUUGGCUAUCAAUAAUUGUUAAAUUUUCCACUCGAG